AUAUACAAUUCCGCGAUGGACAAUUCCGAUAUCUACGCAUGCUGAAGAAAUUAGUAAAGAAACAAUUUACAAAGCCAUUCUUCACUAUUUUGGGAAAGCACCCGAGGGAUGGUUCAAUUACUACAAAAAACAAUCCUAA